UCCAGCUGGGCGGUGUUCUGAGAAGCUGUCACAAUGGAUUUAAAGCCGAAAUUGAAAGUGCUGAAGAAGCGUCGCUCCAGUCUUUUUGCCACCAUAAAGCGGGAGAUGAGCUUUUCACAAAGUGCUGAAGACCAGGAGUACGAAUUUCCCUUUUCACAGGACAGCUCUGUGAAACCAUGGACGUCCAUGGACAACCUUGACUCUCAUGAGGAGAAAAAACCUGCGAAAAAAGACAAGAAAAGAGAAGAUACAAGUCUAAGAAAAUCAACUAUCGUCAACCUGAACGUGGGUGGAAAAGUGUUUCACAUCCCAAAGCACUUGGUCCUGCGAUACCCUAAAACCCGGAUCGGUAUCCUCGCAGUCUGCGAGGAUCCGGUGAAGCGUCUGACGCUUUGCGACGACUACAAUGUUCGGAACAACGAGUUCUUCUUUGACAGGGACCCCAUGUUUUUCCACUACAUCUUUCACUUCUACUGCAGCAAUGUCCUGUGGGUGAUGGACAGUCUCUGCCCCGUCAACUUCGAGGAAGAGAUGUCCUUCUGGGGGCUCAAACUGAAGUACACUCCAAGGUGCUGCCGUAUUCUCUUCGAAGAGAAGGUCGACGACAUCAGAGACCAACUGAAGGUCAACCAGGAACUGAUUGAUGAGAUUAAGCCCCACCAGGACGACGAGGGCUACAAGACCAUGUUUCUCGGAGCCUUUCGGAAGGCCCUCUGGGACCUGAUGGAGAACCCUUACUCCUCACUCUCAGCCAAAGCCUUUGCUGUGUUUUCCAGUCUCUUUGUGCUAAUUUCUAUUGUUGCCAUGACAAUGAGUACAGUCAAAGAACUCAGGGACUACAAACUUGCAGGUAGAACCUACAUGGAGUGGAUAGAAAUCAGCUCCAUCCUUUUCUUCACGUUGGAAUACUUUUUACGGUUAUUAACCACGUCCAACAUCAAGCAUUUUGUGAAGAGUGCCCUAAACUUUGUUGACAUCGUGGCUGUUAUGCCCUAUUUUAUCCAGCUUGUUUUUGAGGCGUUCUUUAUCGAUUCAGAAGACGUCAGUGCACAAGAGGACUUGAAGACCAUGGCAAGAGUCAGCAAAGUCAGCAAAGUGCUCAAGGUCAUCAAACUGAUGCGAAUCUUCCGCAUCCUCAAGCUGGCACGCCACUCCACCGGCAUGCGGGCGUUUGGCUUCACCAUCCGCCAGUGCUCAGAGCAGGUGUGUUGUCUCUUCCUGUUCAUCGCCAUGGGCAUCUUCACCUUUUCCGCCCUGAUGCACUCUGUGGAGGUGGACCAGCCGGGGACGCCGUUCAGCAGCAUACCGGAUGCCUGGUGGUGGGCUGCUGUGAGCAUCUCGACGGUGGGUUACGGAGAUGUUGUUCCCAUCUCCUAUCUUGGCCGCUGCGUUGCGUUCGGCUGCAUCUCCUUCGGCAUCAUCCUCAACGGCAUGCCCAUCUCUAUCCUCUUCAACAAGUUCUCCGACUACUACGCCAAGCUGAAAGAGCAGGAAUACACGUUUUCCAACACGGAGCGCACCUUCCAGCUCAAGAAACGUCUGAGGCGCAAGUUCGACAGCUGCUUCGAGCCUCAGCCGGAAGACUCGGAUGAUGAGAUCCACUACCGGCCCAGCGGACGACAAAUGAGCUUCGAGAGCGAGGAAUGAGAGCCGCUGCCUCGAUGUGACCUCGGUAACCUAAAUGGCCUUAUCACCCACGGGUCUGCAGAGAGUAAGACCCAUCUGCCUCCAACCCUGAGCCUAUGUGAAUUAGGACGGACAAACUUCAAGGGGAAAAUGGAAGCAGCAACAAGUUGAGAUAAGCUGUAAGCCUCAGAUUUAGCGUAGCUUCCGCUUGCAUGCUAUAUGGGAUGAUUCUCCGUUAAGAUCAUGCUCACGACGAACGGCUUACUGUUGCUUUUCCAGCAGCAGCAUCUGGCUGCACAUAUUUCUGACUCCACUCAAACAG